AUGUCUAAAAAAUCUACAUAUGUAUCGAUUGGAAGAGAAAUAGAACAAGCAAGGAUGACCAAGUCGUCUGGGUUUAGCGAUGUGUUAAAUGAAAAGGAACUACGAAACAGAGCAACUAGUCUGUUACAAAAACCUCAAUUAAAGAAAUGUUACAAGAGUAAGAAAGACGGAGGAAUAAUAAAACCAAAUAAGAUGGCAGAACAAUUAAAAAACACCUUCAUAGAUAAGUUAAACUUGAGCAACUUGGAUAUUGCAGCUCCUCCCAAAUCCGCUGUAUCACAUUAAUCUUCAACGACUACUCAACCUCUUUGCUUUGAAAUCGAUUUCGAUUGGCUGGAUUACUGUGAUGAGUAGAAGUUCAAACAGAUCUUCAAGGAAGACUUAAAGGACAUCCCAGACGUUGAACAAUAUGUGGAAGACAAUCAGUCCUAUCUCUGCCAUAUCUUUGCAUAAUGUGCCUGUGCUAAAUGCACAUGCAACAAAUGCAUCUGUCAAUACAAAAAGAAACUAGAAUUAAAUUACGCUUAUGGCAUGGUCACUUCUAAUAGGUUCGAUUACGUACCCAAAUAAAAUAAAUGCUUUACUCCAAUCAUAACUUAGUCUCACUAUGACAAUAUCGGCUUGCCAGUUGCCUCCAUGUAAUUCAAUUCUACAUAGAGAGAUAAUUACAAAUGGAUACCAUAAGAUAGACCAAGAACUGCAGCCAAGUCUAUGUAUGAAUCUCACAAUCUACCCACUGGACAAACUACUAACAAUGUACGAAUUUUCAUUCAAUAGUCUUGCUCACAUUCAUCAAUUGGAAGGACUAUACUACCAAUAUUUUUAAGGCUCCUCAAUUUCGAACCACCGUCAAAGCCAAUCUAAUGACAAGGACUAAUUAUAGAAAUCAAUUCAUUUGGAAGAUCAAAGACGAGAACUAACCAACCGCUGAGGACAUUAAGUAAAAAUAAUUUCAGUACAACAAACAUAUAUUCAAUAGUUAAACCUUUGCAAAAAUGUAUCCAAAUCAAUUACGUUCCAUCUACUAAGAAUCCUUCAUUUAGAAGAACUAAAAACCCAUUAGAGUAUUCGUCAAACCAGAGGAGAUCCUUCAAUGCAGUUCUUAUCAAGGAUAAUAUUUAACAACUAAGCAAAUAGAUUAUGAGGGUAAAUAAAUAACUGUCAAAGAGAUCUAGCAGAAACCAUGGAAAGGAAGAUUGAUAAAAAAAUUAUAAAAUAUUUAAUGA